CGGCGGUAUUGGUGGAUGCUUGCUCCUACUUUCCGUAUGGAGCUGGGACCGCCUAUCAGUUGGGCGGCCUAUGACACUCACCGAGAGGCCAUGGCCUCAUCACCAUGACAACCUUGAUCGGGAGCCCACUUGGGCAUACCUGUGGGACAAUGUCUCCGAGAUGACGAGCGAUCCAAAGAUCAUGUACAGGCACUACACUGAGGAGUUGGACACUCUUACCGCUGAGCAGGUAACCGAUCACUCUUUUGCAAUCCGAAUUCAUAAAUUCUACUGGCAUGUUGUAAAUUCUGAAAUAUUUGUAUGCUGCAGGUGGAUUGGGAGCCAUAUGGUACCUACUACCGUAUUGGCGCGGGGAUGCCUGACCUCAACCACAAGUGCCUUGAGGAGGCGCGGUUCUGGCGUAUGCGCUGCCCACUCAUAUGCAUGUGGCUUGUUGAAUACCACCAGCCGCACAGAGUGAUGAGACAGUUUGGGCUGUAUCAGGAGUGCCCACCUCAGUGGCAAGACACGGACCACGCGCUUCAUAGGCUUGAUAGGCAGCGGCAGAGGAAGAUCACAAAUUGGCCUGUCCAUCAUAGCGGCCACGUCACAGCGUUCCAACACUGUUUGGAAGCGAUACAGAAUGCUGGCCCUGUGGAGAUUGUGCCUCACGACUUGGCCGCUUUCAACAACUACCUCCAGUGGUUCCAUGAAAGCACGCGUAUCGAGUUAGUGAAGCACGCGUAUGAUGACGACAUCUUGGACGACCCCAUCGAGUUCGAUGAGGUUGCGCAAAGCCAGCACGACAUCUAUGCUCGCAGAGGGAGAUCGACUUCUAUUGCUUCCGAGCUGAACUUCGUGGUAAUGGAUUCUCUCAUUAACUAGUACAUCA